UUGCUGGUAACCGGUUAUUAAUGCUUUUAAAAAUCUUUGUCCAAGAGCAUUCAUCACUGCAUUCCUCUGCUGCCCCACACGGCCCAGCUGGAGCACCCGGGGCUGCGCGACGUCACUGGGAGGCUACCAGGAUGGCGGCGGCCGUGGUGCAGGCGGCCCCGCUGCUGGGUUUACUGAGAGCGCCGCGAUCCUUCCUUUCGGCCUCGGCGAGGGCCGGCAACCGAGUCCGGAGCCGAUGGAAAAGCGGCGGGAACAUCUCGCAGCUUCACCAGCGGGGCCUGUUGAAGGACGUGUUCCCGGCGGCGGACGGGCUGCAGCGGCUGCUGUCCGCCGGCGCGCAGGGCCUGUACUGCGGCUUCGACCCCACCGCCGACAGCCUGCACGUCGGCAACCUGCUCGCCCUGGUCGGGCUGCUGCACUUCCAGCGCGCCGGCCACCGCGUCCUGGUGCUGCUGGGCGGAGCCACGGCUCGGCUGGGCGACCCCAGCGGCCGCAGCAGCGAGCGGGAGGCGGUGAGCGCCGACACGGUGCGGGAGAACGCCCGGAGCAUCCAGGAGGGCAUCCUCGGCGUCUUCCGCAACCACCGCGCCUGCUUCUGUAGCGAUGCCGAGGCUACGACCCUGGGCCCGGUCAGCGUCGUCAACAACUCGGACUGGUAUGAGGGCAAGGAGUUGGUCGAGUUCAUCGGCACUGUGGGGAGGCACUUUCGCAUGGGCACCAUGCUGAGCAGGCACAGUGUGCAGGCCCGCCUCAAGAGCCCCGAGGGCAUGAGCUUCACCGAGUUCACCUACCAGAUGUUUCAAGCGUACGAUUUCUAUCAUUUAUAUCAACACCACGGCUGUAGGAUCCAACUGGGAGGGACCGAUCAACUUGGCAACAUUAUGUCCGGAUACGAGUUCAUUAGCAAGGUGACCGGUCAAGACGUCUAUGGCAUCAUGGUACCACUUGUGACCAGUGCAUCAGGAGAUAAACUGGGGAAAACUGCAGGAAAUGCGGUAUGGCUAAACCGAAACAAGACUUCACCCUUUGAACUCUAUCAGUAUUUUGUGAGGCAACCGGAUUCAAGUGUAGAAAGAUAUCUGAAGCUUUUUACCUUCAUCCCACUUCCUGAGAUUGAAAGCAUUAUGGUCAAUCACAAGAAAGAUCCAGGAAAGCGCAUUGCCCAGAAAAGACUAGCAGCAGAAGUCACAAAAUUGGUUCAUGGAAAAGAAGGAUUAGAAUCUGCCAAAAGAUGCACAAAUGCACUCUAUCAUAACAGUAUGGAUGCACUGGAGACUAUGUCAGAUGAAGAGCUACAAGAAUUGUUUAAAGAAGCAUCAUUCUCUGAGAAUCUGCUUGAGCCAGGUACAACGGUGCUGGAUCUUUGCCGCAAAGCCAAUGCUAUUCCAGAUGGUCCCAGAGGGUACCAGAUGAUUACAGAUGGUGGAAUUUGGAUUAAUCACUUGCGAGUGACAGAACCAGAACAAGUGCUGGUUUUGAAGCAACAUAUACUGACAAAUGGACUGUCACUGCUUAGAGUUGGAAAGAAAAAUUAUCACAUUGUAAAAUGGCUCAAUCUGGUAAUUUAGGCAUUAUAGUUCAUGGUGUAUUGCCGUCAUUAUAAGUUAUAUGCAAAAUGAAACAUCUGGUGCUUUACAUUUUCCUCACUGAAGUAAAUGUAGGUGAGCAACAGAGACCUUGAUGUGCAAACUUGAUCCCAAUGCGCUAAAUUAGAAUUAUGCUGGAAUGUUUUUGAGUUGGGAUUAUACAGUAGAAUUAGAUUUAUAUAUUAGUUAGUAAUUGAAAUCUUUAACCAAGUUGUAAAAUAACCAUGAAAAAAUUGUAUUCUCUGACUGGAUGGUGGCACUGAAUUAGAAUUUGAUGACAUACCUUUCUCAAACUUUUGAUUUGUAAAAUCAGCUCUCAAGAUCACUUACAGCCAUCUAUUUCAUGCAGCCACUGUACUAUGUAUAGACUUUUAUACUCACUGAGUGAGAGAGGUCAUUAAGGUGUCCAUUGUGAUGUCCAUUUACGUGAAGCUUCAUUUGUACAAAAUUUUCAUAGGGUUGAGGAAAAUAGCUCUACAGCAAUUAAAUAUGAAAUAAAUUAAAAUGUGAUUUUUAA